AUGACAUUUGGCCUCAAGAAUGUUGGUGCUACCUAUAUGAGGGCUAUGACGACUAUAUUUCAUGACAUAUUUCAUAAGGAGAUCGAGGUGUAUGUAGAUGACGUUAUAAUCAAGUCCAGCGAUAGUUCAUACCACUUGACACAUUUAAAGAAGUUCUUCGACCGUCUGCGUCGUUAUAACUUGAAGUUAAAUCCCGCCAAAUGCGCUUUUGAAGUUCCAGUCGGCAAGUUGUUGGGAUUUAUAGACAGCAAAAGGGCCCAGUCCUUGGCUGAUCAUCUUGCAAAAAAUCCUGUUGAUGAAGAGUAUGAACCGCUCAAGACUAAUUUCCACGAUGAAGAAGUAUCGUUUGUGGGUGAAGAUAUUUCUGAAAUGUAUCAUGGUUGGAGAUUAUUCUUUGAUGGAGCGGCAAAUCAUCAUGGAAAAGGUAUGAGAGCGGUCUUAGUGUUAGAAUCUGGUCAACACUAUCCAAUCGCAGCUAAGCUCCGAUUUAAUUGCACGAACAACAUGGCUGAGUAUGAAGCUUGUAUUCUUGGUUUGAGAAUAGCCAUUGACAUGAAUAUGAAAGAGCUACUGUAUGUACAGAAGUUGUGCAAGAGAUUUCAUAAGAUCGAGUUCAGACAUACUCCCAGAAUAAAAAAUGAGUUGGCCGAUGCUCUUGCCAUCAUCACUUCGAUGAUUAAACAUCCAGAUACUGAUUGUAUUGAUCCUCUGGAUAUAGAGCUGAAAGAACAUCCAGUCCAUUGUUCACAUGUUGAAGCAAAACUAGGCGGUUUGCCAUGGUAUUUCGAUAUAAAGAAGUAUUUGGAGUGCGGGAUUUAUCCUGAAGAUGCUACAUCCAACUAG